UCCACCUUGGCCCCGCCCAUCCCGCUCGCGCCGGUUUCCUGGCAACCGUCUCCCAUGCCGACCGCGGCCGGGGAGCAGGGAGACGAGGAGCAUUCCUCGUCCUCCUCCUCCUCCUUUCCCAACCCCACCCCUUCCCCUUCCCCCAGGAUGAAUGGCUUCUCGCUCGGUGAGCUGUGUUGGCUCUUCUGCUGUCCGCCUUGCCCGAGCCGGAUCGCGGCCAAGUUGGCCUUCCUGCCGCCCGAGCCCACCUAUACGGUGCUGACGGAAGAGUCGAGCAGCAUAUGCAGUCUGCACCUGUCGGAGCGGGCCGACUGGCAGUUCUCGGAGCGGGAGCUGGAGCUGCUCGAGGUGUUCUUCGUGCGCAGCGGGCGCGGCAACCGCCUGGCCUGCAUGUUCGCCCGCUGCGUGCCCGACAGCCGCUAUACGCUGCUCUUCUCCCAUGGCAACGCUGUGGACCUGGGCCAGAUGUGCAGCUUCUACAUCGGCCUUGGCAACCGCAUUAAGUGCAACAUCUUCUCAUAUGACUACUCGGGUUACGGGGCCAGCAACGGGAAACCGUCCGAGAGAAACCUUUACUCGGACAUUGAGGCGGCGUGGACAGCCCUCAGGACAAGGUAUGCUGUCAGUCCAGAGAACAUCAUCCUGUAUGGUCAAAGCAUUGGUACUGUCCCAACGGUAGAUCUGGCAUCACGCUACGAAUGUGCAGCUGUUAUUCUUCAUUCCCCUCUUAUGUCCGGCUUGCGAGUGGCAUUCCCUGACACCAGGAAAACUUAUUGUUUUGAUGCAUUUCCAAGCAUUGACAAGAUAACCAAGGUAUCUUCUCCUGUGCUGGUAAUUCAUGGCACUGCAGAUGAGGUGAUUGAUUUUUCCCAUGGCCUUGCAAUGUAUGAGCAAUGUCCGAGAGCAGUGGAACCUCUCUGGGUCGAGGGAGCAGGACACAAUGACAUUGAGCUUUAUGCGCAGUAUGUGGAAAGACUGAAACAAUUCAUAGAUCACGAGAUAUCCAUCUCCUGAAAACUAUUGUAAGGAUGUUUUCUUGACAAAUGUGAAUGGAAGAACUGAUCUGUGAAGUAAUUUGCACAUGGUUUAACUGGAUAACUAAUUUUCGACAAUACAGAAGCUACCAACUUUCAGGCUGAAUUAUUUGAAACACUGAACAAAAUCUUUUUUAAACACCAGGAAAAUUCAUGUGAUUUAUACACCUUGCACAUGAAAUAAUGUUCAACUACUGUAAUUUUAAAACAGUUUUUGAAGGUUAUCAAUCCUGUCAUUCUACCUUUUUUGUUCCAUUCCUUGACUCACUGGAGGUAUAGAAUUUUGUUUUAAUAUUCGCCACAAUUAUCCUUUUUUGAGUUUAGUUUGCAACUAACUCAUAAACUGGAUUCUUUUUGAUACAGUAUAACAGCAUGACAUGUCAUACGGUUAUGGCUUUGUAGAUGAAACAGCCCUUCAUUGAAGGACCAACCCAACAUGAAGAAUGUGAUUGAAAUGUUUGUCACAUUCUUAAUAUUUCUAACAUUGCCUCAAAGUACUGUUCAGUAUUUGUAAAACUCAGUGAGUUUGGAAAGAAAUGUUCCACUUAUUUGCUGAAGAAUGCAGUUCUUUUGUAAAUGUUCUUAAUAUUCCAAUAUGUGUGGAGGUUUUUUCCAUGUUAAAAUGUGAAACAAUACCUCAAGUAUAUCCCCGAUGGUGCAGAAUAUGGCAUGUAGCCGUAAACAAUUUUUUGCCAAUGUGUAAAUUUAUGAACUAUUUUGACUGUUUUAAAGUUUCAAUGUAUAUUGUUUUUCAGGGUAGGUAAUAUAAUACUUUUCAAUUGCAAUUCUUAAAGUAACUGUUAUAUCUUCAUAAAUUGCAGUGUUUGUAUAUGGUGUCUUUCAAGGUUAUAGAAACAUUUUUUGUUUCAAAAAAGUGUUGAGAAUAGAUGUGAUAACUGCCUAAUUUGUAUGCUUUAAUCUGUGUUUGUGGAUGUAACUAUUUUUAUUCUUGAUUACUUAAAAUUCAGUUUCUUAGAAAAUGUAUAACCAUUUAAAUUUCAUAAAUUUACACAUCUGUAUUUUGUACUGGAACAGAUGUAAUUUACCAAUUUUAGUUGCAAUAACCAGUGAUUUGAGGUUAUGAUUUUGACACUGGAAUUGCAUUGAAAUGGACAUAAAUAAUGCAAGACAUGAGGAAUACCAUAACCAGACAAACAAAUCAAAGCCUUAAAUGUACUGUAAGCCUCUGCUGUAUAUUUGGUUUCAGUAGUUCAUUGUUGUAAGUUGCAGGUAAGCAACAAUGAGUAGUAAUGGAAUGAAGGAUGCAUGGAAUUUUGUUGAGAAUUUAAAUUCGAACUGUUUGUGUAUAGUAAAAAGCAAGAAGAAACAAUAUCACACAAUUGCAGAAUGUCAUGUGGUAUGAUCAAAAAAUGUGACUUUAAAAUUUGAUUAAACAUUGAAUA